UUCCUUCCUUUCGGGUUCAAAUCCCGGUCAAUUAAAAAUUUUUAAAAAAUGAUUUUAGAUUAGGCCCAUAAACAAAAAUCCGUCAUGUCCACCAUCUUCAGCACAAGCUUUUGGUUUCCGAACAAUACAUUCUCUCAUCAGUUUAAUCAUGGCAAACGUAGCAGCAAGAUCAUUUUUACAAGUAGCAGUGAAAGAAGAAGAAGACUUGUACCUUUAUCUCUUUUACUCUCUCUAUUUAUUUACUUUCUUUACUUAUUACUCCGUCCGUCCCAUAAUAAGUGUUAUCUUAACAAAAAAACAUGCAUGUUAAGAAAUGAAGUGUGAAGUUUACUAUUUUUGCUCUUAAUGAUUAGAGCAUGCACAAGUAGUUCAUUUUUUGACAUUGAGAAUCCAACCAUCAUUUAGGGCUCGUUUGGUAUGAUAGAUAAGCAAAAAUAGUCCUGGAAUAAAAAUUUAGUGCCGCCUUAUCCUACGUUUGGUUGGAAUAAAAACUCGGGAUAACUAAUCCCGGGAUUAAUUUUCCUGGGAUUAUAGUGUUUUUUAAUCCCACAUUGGGGGUGGAAUAAUAAUCCCGGGAUUAGUUAUCCCGGGAUAACUUGUUUUCUAACCAAACGACUAAUCCCGGGAUAACUUGUUUUCUAACCAAACGAGCCCUUUAGAGUACUACUACAUCUUUUUGCCUCUUACUAAUCCUAUCUUUCGUAGGCCAAAACUUUCAUUUUCACGUGAAAUCCAAAAUUUGACAUUGUGAAUCCAACUUUUGGCCUUGAAUAAAGAAACUUGCCAUUUUUUGUCCAAGGGCAAAGAUGAAAAAAAACUAGUCAAUAUAUGCAUUGGUAUCCUAAGGUGAUACUUAUUAUGGGACAAAUUUUUUUGGCUAAGGUGACACUUAUUAUGGGACGGAGGGUGUAUACACUUAAAUCAUUUUGUUUACAAUGAAUAUAAAUUCUUAAGCUACAUUGUGCACGUGGAAGCAGUUACCAUAUUUUUAUUAUGGAAAAAUGAGCAUAUAAGGGAUUACUGUGGAGUUGUACAAAGUCCUUAAUGUCAAAAAUAUCCCAAAUAGUGGAUAUCCAAAAUAUCCCAAAAUAUCCCAAAAUAUCUCAAAAUAUCUCAUUUCCUGUUUCUCUAUAAAUAGGAUGCACAGAUGUAAUGUUGAAAGAGCAGAAGUAAGAUAAUCUGAUAUCUCUCUACAUAUUCUCUCUCUACAUAUUUCUUCUGUAUAUUUACUUUAUAGUUAUUAUUUUAUAACACGUUAUCAGCACGAGACUCUGUCAUCUCGAGCAAAUACUUUACAAGCCUCGAAGGUAUUGAUUUCUUUGUUUUCCAUUACUAAUGGCAAAUCUUUCUAGACGUGAAUUUGUAGCCUUAGAUAUAUCCGGCAAUAGCUAUAUGUCUUGGAUUCUUGAUGCCAAGAUUCACCUUAAUGCGAUGGGUCUGGAAGACACCAUCAAAGAUAAAAAUGAGGCAUCAAACCAAAACCGUGCUAAGGCAAUGAUAUUCCUCCGCCAUCAUCUUGAUGAGAAUUUAAAAAUGGAAUAUCUCACGGUUAAAAAUCCUCUUACGCUGUGGAAUGAUCUGAAAGAUAGAUAUGAUCACCUGAAGUUGGUCAUACUUCCACAAGCACGUUUUGAUUGGCUCCAUUUAAGGUUCCAAGAUUUUAAAUCUGUUAAGGCAUACAAUUCUACUAUGUUUAAAAUUAUUUCUCAAUUGAAAUUAUGUGGUGAAAAUAUUACUGAUCUUGAUAUGCUGGAGAAAACAUUCUCCACUUUUCCUGCCUCGAGUAUGCUCCUGCAGCAGCAAUACCGAGAGAUGAAGUUCAAAAAAUAUUCUGAUUUAAUCUCACAUCUUCUAGUGGCUGAACAACAUAAUGAAUUAUUGAUGAAAAAUCAUGAAAGCCGACCCACUGGUACUGCCCCAUUCCCUGAAGUGAAUGAGGCAAAUUUUCGCCAUUCUAGGCGUGGAAGAGGUCGUGGCCCCAGUCGUGGUCAUGGUCGUGGUCGAGGAAGGGAUUUUAAUCAUGAUUCUCGUUUUGCACCAUAUAAUACCCUUGACCACCAGCAGUGUAAAAGGAAGGAUGAAAAGCAUGAAGUUGUGCAAAAGAAAAAUUCAGAAAAUAAUUGCUUCCGAUGUGGAGGAAAAGGGCACUGGUCACGUACCUGUCGUACGCCAAAGCACCUUGUUGAGCUAUAUCAAGCCUCCCUCAAAAGGGCAGAAAAGGAUGCCGAAGCAAAUUUUAUUUCUGAAGAUAAUGUUGAGCCUAUGCAUCUAGAUGUGGCAGAUUUCUUUGAAUUCCCUGAAGGAAAAAUAGAUCAUCUGAUCGGUGAUGGAUCUGUAUUAACUUAGAUAUUUCAUACAUGUCGUUUGUAUUAGCUAUUGUGGUUAUGUUUCCAUAUAUAUGUAAUAAAGUGUGUGUAAUACUUUGUCUAAUCAAAAUAUCUACUUCGGUGUUUACUUUGCCUAUUCUUUCGUUUUGAAGAAUAUAUGGAAAAUCCUCAAAUAUUAUUUGGAUCAAUGACCAAUCAUGAAGAUAUUUGUGUAAUUGAUAGUGGAACAACGCAUGCUAUAUUCAAAGAUGAGAAAUACUUUUCUUACUUGCGUAGAAAAAGGGAAAAUAUUAAUACAACUUUUGGUAAUAGAAAUUAAUGAUCAAAGGCUCCAGAAGAGCUAAUUAUUUAUUUACAAGUAUCAUGACACUAGCAGUGUCCAAAUAAUAUAUGAUUAUGGUGAACAAAUUAAUGUCUCUCGAAGAGCUUAUAUAUGAUAGUACCAUUCAUCUCAGAUCAUAAUUAUUUCGAUCGGAAAAUAAAUUAUAGUAAACCUGAAGUUUACUAGCGAGAAAAAUGGUCAUCAUAUUGAGACUACAGAUGAUUGGAAGAUUGAAUAUCUCCAACUUAUUACGGGUAGGGUCGCGUGUGUAAAAGUGUUACCCGAGCAUGAUGAGAUCGCAUGUCACAAUAAACCAGAAGUUUUGACAUAAAAUUUCAUGCAACAGCAAACCAGAAGUUUAUUAAAAGAAAUAGCACUCGUCAUAGUAAACUUGAAGUUUACAGGUACAGAUAAUUUUAUCAGUUGACAAGACCAUUUUGAUCGUCCUGAUUUAAAUCUGAUGUGCUAAUUGAGUAUUAAAAACAUAUUGAAGAACUAGAAGAUUCUUCAAGAAUUUGUUUGUGUUGCUUGUUCUCAUGAUAAGUUGAUUACACCAGCUAAUGUUGGGACUGAAUCCCCAAAAUUCUGAAAAAUAUAAAAGGUGAGUGUGGGCCCCUUCACCUGCAAUGUGAUGUCUUAAAUAGAUGCAUCUAUGAGACGGUCACAUGUAUGUUUAUUGUCAACUGGCAGUUUGACAUUUACAAAGUUGCUUGCUCAAAAUAAUUGAGUUGGAAGCACAAUUUUCAGAAUAUGUAAUCAAGACAAUGAUCUUGAUAAUGCUGGUUUAUAUCUAAGUUGGUUUGGCAUUGGAUGCCUCCUGACCUAACUAUUUCAUAUUUCAUCUGCAAAAUAUGCUCUUAAUGUCCCUGAAGGACAAAGUCUACAACGUGCAUGGAGCAUGGUAGACCAAUCGGUUCCAAAUAUAAUAAUCCUUGAAAAAGGGAGGAACAAAUGAUCAUAAUAAGGAGGCAAUGUGCUCUUGAAGAGCUACGACAUAACACUUCAUAAACCUUAUGGGAGGUUCAGGUACCUGAAAAUAAUGAAGUGAUGAGAUCUCAGUAAGUUAUGUCGAAUUGCGAACCGAUACAACAUGAUAUCUUCUCGACAAUAUACAAUAUA